AUGGACAAACACAAGACAAAUUCUUCGUUGGACUACUCGCAUCUAGACGAAACGAUCAACAAGGUGGUCAACGAGAAAAUUUCCACCUUGUCGAAUGAAUUGGGGUACAUGCGUCAUGUUAUAGCGUACCAAAAUAAUAAAAUUGAAAAGCUCACCUCGUUAAUCACAGAGUUUUUAGAAAACAAAGAUCUGAACGCCAUUCUAAAUUCACUUCAUGCCAUCCAAGAUCAUGAGAGACAAGUGGGAGAUGUUCAAAAUGGAGCUCUUGAAGUCCAGCAUUUGAAUAUGGAUCCUCAACUACAACAGGUAGCGGUGGCUGCAGUUGAACAAAAAAAUGAGAAUGACAGUACACAAGAAGUCAAUGUAGACCAUGUACGAAAUGAAGAGACAGGUAUCGUAAACAGUUCUGGAACUCGUGGUACCAACAAUGAUGAAGCAUCAAAUAUUGCCACAGUUGCAGCAGCAGCAGCGGCGGCCGCUGCCGCCGCAGCAGCUGCCGCAGGGGAAGCUGAGGGUACCACAACUUCUUCCACAUCUGAAACUAACCGCGAGCAGUUGGAGAGGAAAAAGAAUACUAAUAAUAGCAAUAAUAAUAAUAAUAAUAAAGAGGCAGUUGAUUCUGACCGUUUAAUGAAACGGCCAAGAGUGGACGUCAUGUUUCUUCAUAAUCCUACAACGGUGCGAGAAAUAUACGAAGAAUUCACCAAGGGCUUCCAUGGCCAGCCACCGCUCAGCGAAUUAGACAGUCGUUUUGGGAAACAUGAAUGGAGAGGAGAUUCUAGAAGUAAGGAAUCAAAACGGUUUCAAAGACGUAAGAAAUUAUGCGAUGCAAUUCAAAGAGGAAUGCAAAAAUAUGAUAAGAGUGCAGAAGAAAUAAUAGGAUAUAUUGAAGAAUUCCGUGGUGAUAAGUCACUCACUUGGGUUAUGAAUGGGAAUUUGCCGCCUGAUUUAGCCAUAUAG